AUGAUUCAGGCGGCUAGGAGACAUUUAUCCACCUCGGUUACUAUUACAGACCCAUUGAUCAAGUACCAGGCCUUGGUUGCCACAGGUGUCUACUCCCCAGAUCCUUCGCAGCAUCGCUUGGCCAAGCACCUCCAGAAGGUCUACGGCCGUCUCAAGGACUACACACCAUCCGCCGAAUACCGACAACGCCUGAAGCAGAUAACAGAAAUCACGUCAAAACCGGAGGAUGAAGAGCCGACUCUUGCUGUGAAGAGCCACCCAAUAUGGAGGAAUCCGUUAUUCAAACGUCUGUUUACAGCACCCGAGGGAAACAACAACUUGGCAUUAAUCAGGGUCCUGACGAAUCAUCAAGCUGCCCUCGAAAUCGACUCACCAAAAGGCCUCUUUCUUGCUGGAGAAGUAGGCCGGGGCAAGAGUCUCUUGAUUGACAUGCUCUACGAAGGUCUACCCACCCAUCGGAAAAAGAGAUGGCACUUCAACACCUUUAUGCUUUAUUCCUUCUCCCAACUCGAAGGAUUCAGGCGAUCUCAUCCACAGCUGAAAGGUGGCGACCAGGAGUAUUCGCUCUUAUGGUUGGCCAAGAAACUUGUCGAGGAAUCGCCGAUUCUGUUCCUCGACGAAUUUCAGCUGCCCGACCGGGCUGCGAGUAAGAUUUUGAGCCAUUUAUUCAUUGCUUUCUUCCAGCUGGGUGGCGUGUUGGUUGCGUCGUCGAAUCGCGUACCAGAGGAACUACAGAAAGCCAUUGGCGUCGAGUAUACUCCUCCGCCAACAGGAGGUUUUGUUAGGAGCUUCUUCACCAGUCAAACGGCUCGCGGGCGGGGUGAGCUCUUUGGACAGUCAAGCGACUUCGCAGCCUUCCUGGAAGUGCUCAAAGCGCGAUGUGACUUUUGGCACAUGGAGGGGGCUACUGAUUGGCGACGUCGUGAAGAGAAACCUACGGACAUUACAAAAGCGCCUCAACCAGUACUUGAGCGCGGCGACCUCGACAACAUUGGGGCUGCAAGCCCCCUCCAAGACGCCGGUAUACUCGGCGAGGUCGAAAAUCAGGAGCAUACUACAGGAUUCGGGAAGCCCGCAAAAUACUUUCUUCCGACGGACGGCGAGGUUGCCUGGCGGGGAAUAUGUACACAACCGAGUGUUGGAGACUGGAGCCCUGCAUCACUGGUAGUCUACGGGCGAACGAUUUUGAUCCCCCAUCAAGGCGAUGGCAGAGUAUACUGGGACUUUGCGAAACUUGUCGAGGCCUUCGGUCCAGCUGACUACAUCACCAUGGCCUCGACUUACCAUACGUUUAUCAUCGACAAUAUUCCCGUCUUGACAGUCCUGCAGAAGAACGAGGCACGUCGUUUUAUCACUCUCCUAGAUGCUUUGUAUGAAGCAAAGUGUAAACUCGUCGUCCGCGCGGCCAGAGGGCCGGACGAACUAUUCUUCCCUGAUACGAGGGCGUUAGGUCGCAAGGACGCGGACGGAAACCCAGUGGUGGACGCCGAUGCUAUCCACAGCGAGACUAUUGCCGAAGUGUAUCAAGAUAGCUCCUCUCCGUUCCGUCCGAACAUAUCCUUCUACGACACGGCUUCGUCGACCUCCAAAUACGAUCCGGACCAAGAUUCCGACUUUGGCUUGAACGAUGCAAAGGAGAAGGCUAAGAAGGUAGACUUUGGCAACACCAGCGCCUUCACUGGCGAGGAUGAAAGGUUUGCAUACAAACGAGCAGCAAGCCGGCUGUGGGAGAUGUGUAGCGCCCAAUGGCACGCCCGGGCAGGAGACUGGUGGCGGCCGCUUCCAGCAGACGCAAGACACUGGGAGAAGGGAGCGCCGUCGACGCCGCUGAGGGUCAAUAUAAAUGAGGCUGCCAGGUCGAGAAAUGAUGCGACCAUGGGCCCCUCUGUGGAGCUUGAAGAACCGGCUGGUCUUCAGGGACUGAGGGUUGAGGCGAUGAAGAACCUGGAGAGAUGGAGGAAAUAG